AAAGGAUCAUUGCAUUAUGAAGGUUACUCAUUGAUAGUUCCUUCGAUCGCGACUUUCAAAAUGGGUCGAACACGCACGAAAGCCAAAAAAUCUGCACUCAAUGUGACAAACUCUUCACAAUCAUCGUCAAGUUCAGCAACUCCAGCCAUUUCCGCUAUCCUUGACAAGGCUCAAGUGCUCAUCGUGCAAUGUGACUUUCCUCUGGCACGAAAAUUCAUCGAACGUGUUCUGGCAAGGGAAGACGGGUCAGUGAACGAAAAAAAUCAAGCGAGGGAGAUGAUGGGUGUCGUGCUCCUUGAAACUGGGGAAGUGGACGAAGCGAGAGAGUUGUUCCUAACCUUGCUUCCACCACAUCCAACGGCUCCUACGCCUCCACCACCUUCAGCCCAUCUUUAUCUUGCUCAACUCUCCGCCGAUCCGAAUACUGCAUUGAAACACUACCAGGCAGCCAUCGACAUCCUUCAGACACAACUCAAGGGCAAGGCAUCUUCACCCAUCCAAGAAGAUGAACAAGAUGGAGAGGAUGAAGUAAAAAGUAAUAUCGUGAGGGCUUACCUCGGAAUGGUCGAGAUAUGGAUGGACCCCGAGUAUGAUCUAUGCUUUGAUCCUGCUGCAUCAUCAACAUGUGAUUCCCUUCUGGCAAAUGCUCUACAUAUUGAUUCGUAUAAUCUCGAGGCUCUGCAAUGUCUUGCCAGCGUCCGCCUCAGUCAAGAAAAAACGGAUGAGGCACUAGCUGCACUUCUCACUUUCCCACUGUCCUCGCCAGAUGCACCUCCUGCACGCAAUCAAGCAUUGGUUGCAGCACUUCCUCUUUCCGUGCGUCUUGCGCGCGCAAAGCUACUCUUGGAGUGCGGUGCUUACCAUGAUGCUCUCGAUGUUUUGGAAAAUGUGCUUGCGUCCGAUGAUUCCUCAGUAGAAGGCUGGUACCUCAUGGGGUGGGGGUGGUGGCUGGUGGCUGAACGCCGUAAAGAGGGGGGUGAAGUAGAAGGAAGUGAAGGCCUGACCUGGGAGGAUAUAGCCAGAGACUCGAGGGACUGCUUAGAAACUUGUCAAACGUUGCACGAGUCACAAUCAGAUCCAGACACGCCUAUAUUAGAACAUGUCCAAGAACUUCUUGGAACCCUGGAUGCACUGGGUAUCAAGUCCUCCCCGGUUCAAGACGACGAAGAGGGCGACGGGGAUGAUUGGGAGGAUGCCAGCGAUGAUGAGGACGUUGAAAUGUCAUAACACGAGAUCACAACUUGUGGCUCGCGUCCUACCUCAAAACUGUAUCAUAUCAGUCUGACCUGGCGCAAAUACCUAGUGUUCUCGCCAUGAAGAACACACCUUGUCGACCAUCAGUCAUUUACUUGGAUUGAGCGGAUUGUUUUUACGGCGGCCCGGGUAGCUACGACGAUCUGCUCAAUCCCACUUCAAGUUGCGCGUCUCGCGAGUUAUUUUGCAGGGGAGCAUUUUCU